AGUAAAAAGCACCUGAACACCGACAAGAAACUCCAGGGAAAGCUGCGUGCCUUCUUACAACCUUAAAAGAAAUACUUCAGACUUUGCAGGAACCUGUGGCUCGCCUCUUGUUUCCAUCUUUUUUCCUUUUUUUUAAAAGUCGUGCGUAAAGCUUUUACGCACAGCGCCGAGCCGCCGCUGAGUGCGGACAGAAGAAGAAGAAAAAGGUGCGCUACGUCCAGCAUCAGAGCGCAGUGGCAACAUGCAGAAACGGAGCAGCGACGUCUGAAGGUGACAUGAACCUGGAGAUAAUCAGGAGCACCAGCCGCGCUCUGAACAAGAAGUGCAGGUAGCAACUGAAGCGUCGGCGUCUUCAUCCAAACCUUGCGCUUUGCUGUGGCUUCAAUCUCAUGCAGAGAACCAGGACUUGUCAUCCUAAGUAGCCUCGUUUUUACUGGAUUCAGAAGAAGGAGGAGAAAAAAAAAACCCUCUCAUUAAAGCAGCAGUUUGGGAAUCGUCAGAGGAGCAAAAAUGGCGACGUUAAUUAGAGGCAAGCUCUCCAAUAAACUGUCCAACGCAGCCACGGCCGUGUCCAACAAAUCCCAGGCGAAGGUGAGCGGGAUGUUCGCCAGGAUGGGCUUCCAGGCCGCCACGGACGAGGAGGCGCUGGGCUUCGCCUCCUGCGACGACCUGGACUACGACCACCGACAGGGCAUGCAGAUGGACAUUCUGACAUCCGACGAGGUCGGCGGGGAGGGGAGCGGAGACGGGGACGCGAUGGAGGGGGACAGCCAUUAUCAGAGGGACGGCACCGGUCCACCGCCCUCCGUCUCAAAGGACGGGGGUCCGAACAACGAAUUGACUGAAGUCAGACCAAAAAUCACCGCGUGGGAGGCGGGCUGGAACGUCACGAACGCAAUCCAGGGGAUGUUUGUGCUCGGCUUGCCCUACGCCAUCCUGCACGGAGGAUACCUCGGACUCUUUCUCAUUAUUUUCGCCGCCGUGGUGUGCUGCUACACGGGCAAAAUCCUCAUCGCCUGCCUGUACGAGGAGAACGAGGACGGGCAGCUCGUGCGCGUCAGGGACUCCUAUGUGGACAUUGCCAACGCUUGCUGCGCGCCCAGGUUCCCGACUCUGGGCGGCCACGUGGUGAAUGUAGCUCAGAUCAUAGAGCUGGUGAUGACGUGCAUCCUGUACGUGGUGGUCAGCGGAAACCUGAUGUACAACAGCUUCCCCAACAUGCCCAUCUCUCAGAAGUCGUGGGCCAUCAUCGCCACCGCCGCCCUCCUCCCGUGCGCCUUCCUCAAGAACCUGAAAGCCGUCUCCAAGUUCAGCUUGCUGUGCACGAUGGCGCAUUUCGUCAUCAACGUCCUGGUGAUCGCGUACUGCCUCUCCAGGGCCAGGGACUGGGCCUGGGACAAGGUCAAGUUCUACAUCGACGUCAAGAAGUUCCCCAUCUCCAUUGGGAUUAUCGUGUUCAGCUACACCUCGCAGAUCUUCCUGCCGUCCCUGGAGGGCAACAUGCAGAAGCCGAGCGAGUUCCACUGCAUGAUGAAAUGGACCCACAUCGCCGCCUGCAUCCUCAAGGGCCUUUUCGCCCUGGUGGCCUACCUGACCUGGGCUGAUGAAACCAAGGAGGUCAUCACGGACAACCUGCCCCCGACGAUCCGAGCCGUGGUCAACCUCUUCCUGGUGGCCAAAGCCUUGCUGUCGUACCCGCUGCCGUUUUUCGCCGCUGUCGAGGUGUUGGAGAAAACAUUUUUCCAGGAUGGGGGACGCGCGUUCUUCCCGGACUGCUACGGGGGCGACGGACGCCUAAAAUCCUGGGGACUGACCCUCCGCUGUAGUCUUGUCGUGUUCACCUUGCUCAUGGCGAUCUACGUGCCACACUUCGCCUUGCUCAUGGGCCUCACGGGCAGCCUGACGGGCGCCGGCCUCUGCUUUCUGCUCCCUAGCAUCUUCCACCUCAAGCUGCUAUGGAGAAAGCUGCAGUGGCACCAAGUUUUCUUCGACGUCUCCAUCUUUGUUAUAGGAGGUAUAUGCAGCAUAUCCGGUUUCAUCCACUCCCUGGAGGGGCUCAUAGAGGCUUUCAGAUACAACAUAGUAGAUUAAAUGCGAGCUAGAUGUUAAACUGCAAAUCUCCAUUUAGUGUGGAAACACACACACACACAAAACACACGAUCCCCCCCCCCCACCCCACCCCUUCUGCUUAAUCCAUGCGUAAAAGCGCAUAUAGUGGACAUUUACGCACUCACGCACCACUUGCAUCGUCUCUCUCACGCGCAAAUAAAUCAAAUGGCAGUGAGGGAAUCUACCCACAGUUGUUACUUGUACAAAUACACAACCAGAACAGAUUAUAUUUUCCAGUGGAGUUUCAAAUACUUUGAACAGAUGUGCAGAGGGGGUGUGGUAGUUUUGCCUUGUCGUCGCUCUUGUGGUGCUUCCUCACAUGAGGCUUCAUGUAACGCUCGAGUUUGUGAUUUAAGAUGAUAAAACAUUUUAUUUUAAGGUGAGAUGUUGUAGGAAAUGUCACUUUUAAAUGGCUGUGUGUGGUGUUAAAACCAUGAGAGGGGAAGCCCACAGAGAUAGAAAAUAAAUAAUAAAUGGCAAUAAUUAUAAUAAUCAGAAGGAAAAGCAUAUUCGUUUGGAGAAAUUCACCCAAUUAAAUUACUUAAAAUGCAAAAAUAUGAGUUUAACUAAAACAGCAGCUAUACAAACUAUGCAUUGAAUGUAUAUUUCUGACACAUAUACAGAAACUGCAGUGCAAAUAUAUAAAAAUAACUCUAAACUUGGUUUUCUUUGCGUGUUAAUGCUUUGAUAGGCCUUUCCUGCCCCCCAGCACGCACAAAUUCUCUCAUUUGUGUGACUGAGCUUCUUAUCAGGCAAUAACAAAAUUCACCUGCCGCCCAGAGACCCUCAUCAUGGCCCAAUAUCUGCCCUAACGGGGGCUCCGAAAUCCAAUCUGCACACUCAAUUUCAUGAUAAUGCAUUUAGAUCCACACGGUCUGUUUCUGAGAUUAAUUUUUAAGACUCCUGUCUUGCAAAAUUCGAUGUCUGAAAAUAAAAAAGUGAGAUUAUCAAAGAGGAAAAUGUGCAUACAGACAUUUUUCAUUCUGUGCAAUCCAAUGGGUCCUGUGGAAAUGUUAUAAAACCGUAAGUGUAGUGUGUUGUUGUGGUUUCAAAAAGAUGGAAUGUAUAUCUCAAAGUGGUUAUCAUAUAUUGUGAAAUUAAUAUUGAAGAAUAAAGAAAUAAGUGAAAUUAUAUUGUAAAAAUGUGUGUGGUUUUAUGUAAAAGAACAAAAAACGGGCAGAUGUAUU